AUGGGUAAAUUCCGCAAGCUCGGCCGCGGUUACUCCCACCGUCUCUCCAUGCUCAGGACGAUGGUGUCGCAGCUGGUGAAGCACGAGCGCAUCGAAACCACCGUUGCCAAGGCGAAGGAGGUCCGGCGGAAGGCGGAUCAGAUGGUGCAGCUAGGGAAGGAGGGUACUGAGCAUGCAGCAAGACGUGCUGCUGCCUUUGUUCGGGGUGAUGAUGUCGUUCAUAAGCUAUUCACUGAGCUGGCCUACCGCUACAGAGAUCGAGCUGGUGGAUACACAAGGAUGUUAAGAACCAGGAUACGUGUUGGCGAUGCUGCACCAAUGGCAUACAUCGAGUUCGUGGACAGGGAGAAUGAGCUUCGAGAGGCCAAACCUGCAACACCGCCGCCGCCUCAACGAGCCCCUCUUGAUCCAUGGACCAAGUCACGUGCUAGCCAACAGUGGGCAGGACCUAAAAUCACCAAGACCUCGGAAUCAGACGGCUUAUGA